GCCUCUCUCUCUCCCCUCACACACACACACACACACACACACACGUUAGUUUGUUCCUCUUCCUCACGCCAGUCGAUGGUCUCAGCUCGCCUCACGAUGUCGGGAGUUUGCGGAGCCUCGCUGCGUGUGUUCGUGUUCACUUUCUGCGGUGUUCUGCUGAGCUCAGAGGCGCAGACUCCUUCUCCUGCUCCGGUUCCUUGUGCCCUGAAAUCCAACACCUCCUGUUCUGACUGUCUGCAGAAUGUGGCAUGUUUGUGGUGCGAACCAACCAAACUAUGCCUCGACUACCCAGUGGGAAAGAUCCUGCCCCCCAGGAGUGUCUGUCCCCUGAACGACGCCCGGUGGGGGGUGUGUUGGGUUAACUUCCAGAUUUUGAUCAUCACCGUGUCAGUGGUGGCUGGCGUCAUCAUUAUCGGCGCUUUUGUUUGCUGCCUCUGCUGCUGCAAGUGUGAGAAAGUCGGGAACAAGAGAGAAGACGCAAAGCUGGAACGACAGACCCGUAUGAGGAAGGCUCGUCAGAAAGAGAAGAGAACAGAAAUGCAGCUGAGACAUGAUGAAAUCAGGACGAAAUAUGGUCUGGCAAAGGGAAAUCCAUACGCCCGAAUGGACGAUCAUUAAGAAGAAUCCCAGAUGAUAUUCCUUUAAAAAAAUCCCUUAAAAUGAUCUCACUGAUGUCAUACGUGAUAUAAAUGUAGCAUAAGAUAAACUGUGAUUAUCUGAUUGGACUUCAGUGUUAGUGAAAGAUGCUCUGAAAUGAUUAUGAUACUAUAUGUUUUGAAGGUGAUCGCUUCACCUAAUGUUUUGUUCUUGUUUUUCACAUUCCUCUCCGCUUUAUACUAGAUUAAUAUUUUUUAUGCUUCAUUCUGAUGUCAGUGAUUAAAAAUCCAUUCAGUUAACUUGUUUCACUGUCCAUACGGGAAACUAGAUGUCAGGGCACAACUGCAAAAACAUUUUGCCCACCAUGAUGUUGUUUGUGAUGAUUGUUUUAUUUUCAUUUGUUUCGUGCAUAAAAUGCAGAAUUGUUGGAUUUCAACAGCUUCAGAUAAGUACAUGUGGUGCUUCUUUUAUAAUAACAGUUUAAUUUUUAUAAAAUAUUUUUCAUGCACACCGUUUUACUGAUUGCAAUUGAUGCCUAAGGUACAACAUUUAUUUUGUGUAAAAAAUCAUUUACAACAUGUAACAUUUUACAGUUUUCUAUUCCAUCUGCUGAUAAAGUAUCAGAAUCACAAACUUUCUCGGGUAAAAGAGAAGUGUGUUCUUGAACUACGUAUGAGACAUUGUGAUUUUUGUGCAGCUGUUGAUAAAAACAAAUUGUGACCAAUUUAAUAUUAAAUGGCUAAGAUUUUU